GAAAUCGGAGAACUCCCACGCCAAAUUUAAAAAGGGUUCGUACUCGCGAACUUGGGGUAAACCGAUGUGUCUUGACUUUAUAGUCUGAAAGUUUAAUCCGUAUCGAUGUGUUGGUUACCGAGAUUGUCGCCGUUUACCACAAUCGGAUAUAUAUCUCCGCUGUAUCGUCGUUGGGCUUUACGAUUUCCCAGUGAUUCCAAAUGCGGCGUCAUGGCCACGCCGAAUGGAAUUCUGGUAAAUGUUGUUUUACUAAGAUACACGCUCUCAUUGGCCACGACGUGAACUUUGACUUGUCACGUGAUUUAAAAGUUCGGCUUGAUGGCGCGGAAAGUUGUCAUGCCACACUCUUAGCAUUUUCUAAUGGAUUGUUUACAUUUGUGUGGGUUAUAUUGAUUCAGACUGGUAGGUUGGCUUUUCUGUCGUAUUUCUGUUCCUUUGGUAAUUGUUGUGCAAUGUUUUUUUUUAUUCAGUGCCACUUUAACAGCGGGCUGAGAGCUAGCAUAAUGGAGCUCAAUUGAGCAUACAAUACCCUCUGUAAACGUCUGUAUUAAGUCUUAUUACUGCCAACUUCUGUCCCUGGAGUCAUGAGUGUGUUGGAGGUGAAGUUCGUCGGGGAUGGAGAUGUUGUGGAGCACAUCGUGGACAAACAGGAGGAGGUGCAGAGCAGUUCUGGGGCUGUCCAGAAGAUGGUCACGUUUAAGAGCCCAGGAGGGCGAACUAGAGAAGACCCAGACGAGAAGGACGGGGAUGAAAACGGCGUCUUUGAUGAGCAGAACUAUGUUCAAGCUCUUUAUGCAGACAAUCUAGAAGAUGAAGAAGAUAUGUCCAGAGUUGCUGGAGCCUCCAUUUUCACUUUUCAGAAAAACAAACGAGGCCACAGUAUGGCCCAGACUGCAAGUGAGCUGGCACGGACCCCAGGGAAAAGUGUGAGCUUCAGUACAACGCCCUCCACUCCCAUACGGACAGGCCGCAACCCCAAAACUGAAAACAGAACACCACAGAGGCGCAAAAAGGUGCAGUUUGUCUCCACAACUCCCCACAGGCUCCGGAAGAGAUUGACAACUCCGAGCCUCCGAUCCGACAGCGAUAGUGAGUUUUCACCCUCCGACUCUGGUGAGGAGGAAGAUGGGGGCGUGGUGGAGGACGAGCAGAAAGUAAAAAAAGAUGAGAAAGAAAACAAGACCCCAAGAACUCCAAGUAAAGGUUUAUCAGCGGCACUCUACAAGACCCCCUCCAAAAAGAGCAAGAGCACUCCUGAGUCUGUCAGCCAGCCCAGCUUGGUGGAAGAAUACUUUGAGGCCCACAGCAGCUCAAAGGUUCUAACGUCAGACCGCACCCUUGAGCGUCUACACACACCUAAAUUAGACAGGGAGACACUUGUCCAGCUUCUAGAGGGAAAACCAUCCUGCUACCUAGCAGAGGUCCAGCAGCUCCACAACAAACACAAAACGCACUUUAGCAAAUGGAUGCUACAGUUACAGUUGGGGUUCAGCGUGCUGCUCUACGGUUUGGGCAGCAAGAAAGAUCUGCUGGAGGACUUUCGUUUGUCUCAAUUGUCCCGACAAAUUCACCUUGUCGUCAAUGGAUUCUUCCCGUCCAUCACUCUGAAAUCUAUCUUGAACGCUUUGAUGUGUGACAUUCUUGAGCACCAGGGGAGUUUCCGAACACCAUCUGACCAGAUUCAGUACAUCUCCCAAACCCUUAAAGAGCGCCCAGAUCUUCAUAUUUACUUGUUGAUCAAUAACAUCGAUGGACCUAUGCUGCGAGGAGAAAAGAGCCAGAGUGCACUGGGGCAGCUGGCAUCCCUCCCCAAUCUUCACAUGGUGGCUACUAUCGAUCACAUCAAUGCUCCUCUGGUUUGGGACCAGUUUAAGCAGAGCCAGUUUAACUGGCUGUGGUGGGAGUGUGUGACGUUUAAGCACUACACAGAGGAGACAUCCUAUGAGAACUCCCUUCUGGUGCAGCAAACGGGCGCCUUGGCACUGUCCUCCCUUACACAUGUGCUCCGCAGCUUGACGCCAAAUGCAAGGGGAAUUUUCAAACUGCUGGUUAAAUUUCAGCUGGAAAACAAAGACAACCCUUCAUACACAGGGUUGUCAUUCCAAGAUUUUUACCAGCGUUGUCGUGAGUCAUUCCUGGUGAACUCUGAUCUCACUCUGAGGACGCAGCUGACCGAGUUCAGAGACCACAAACUGAUUCGGACACGCAAGGGUGCAGAUGGUGUGGAGUACCUGAUGGUUGCCGUGACUGCAAGCACACUGAUGGACUACCUGGAGAAUGAGGAAGGUGACUGAGAAGACAGCACUUUCGUAUUUUGAUCACAUUGGUUGUCUGAAUAUCCAUUUCCAUGAUACAAGACCAUUAAACAUCAUUGCCACGGUUUCAUUGUGUCCUGACGCAAAAUAAACACUCAAAAGUUUCAUCUCUUUAAUUCCAUAAAUAGAUACACCUAUAGUAAAACUUACAUUAUUUUGUUCGUGCAAGGCGGGCAUUCAAAAUUCAAAAAUGAAAGCCAUAAUUUGGUUACUAGACAUCCGAGGGUAUUUGAACGUGUAAACGGUGUGCAAUUAGGACGAAAGGGGUGUGUUAGGACCCUGUUUCGAGUCAGGAACGAUGGAGUGAGGUGACUCAAAGCAAACCUUUUUCAUUGCGGAAUUUCAGCAGCUUUCUGUGUGUGCGAGUCUCGCAGCGUCUCUAUUGAGUCCAGUGUGUAAGUCCUCAGUCUGCUCUGCGCUUCC